UUUGCAAGUAACAUUUAAACUUUGAAUGCCUUCCGCUUUCUACUAGUUUUUGAACCUUAAUAAUUCUUACUCAUUUCCCUUAAUUUAUUUAUUUUGACUGCAUAAUUGAACUGAAAAUAUACAUGAGAGGCAAUGGCUUUUGUCGCCAAAGAUGUCGACCCCGCCUUCCUUGGCGCCGGAGCUAAACCAGGUGUGGAGAUCUGGUGUGUGCAGAAUCUUCGAUUGCUUCCGCUCCCGAAAUCUUUGCACGGCAAAUUUUAUUCUGGGAAUGCAUUUGUUGUUCUCAAUACUGUUUUGCUAAAAAAUGGACCUCCUCACCAUGACAUACAUUACUGGAUAGGCAAUAAUGCAACUCAGGUGGAUUCAGCUUUGGCAUCAGAUAAAGCCCUUGAAUUAGAUGCAGCUCUAGGGUCAUGUACUGUUCAGUAUAGGGAAGUGCAGGGCCAGGAAACUGUGAAAUUUUUGUCAUACUUCAAGCCUUGUGUUUUACCUACUGAAGGAGUAUAUUCGUCGCAGUCAGGGAAAUUAAAUGGCGAUUCAUACAAAGUCACUUUGCUAAGAUGCAAGGGUGAUCAUGCUGUUUCUGUGAAAGAGGUGCCUUUUUCUCGGUCGUCCUUGAACCACAAUGAUGUCUUCCUUCUAGAUACUGCACCAAAAAUAUUUCUUUUCUGUGGGUGCAACUCGAGCAUACAAGAAAGAGCUAAAGCUUUGGAGGUCGUUCAGUAUAUCAAGGAAAACAAACAUGGGGGGAAAUGUGAUGUGGCAACUAUAGAGGAUGGGAAAUUCGUUGGUGAUUCAGAUGUUGGUGAAUUUUGGAGUUUGUUUGGCGGUUAUGCUCCUAUUCCAAAGGACUCGCCUUCUGGCAUUGAGAAAGAAACUGAAAGUUCACCUGUACAAUUAUUCUGGAUAACAACUCAGGGUAAUCUAUGUCCAAGUGAAAGUAAUUCAUUGAAGAAAGAAAUGCUCAACUCAAAUAAGUGUUAUAUGCUGGAAUGUGGUUCUGAGAUAUCUGUAUGGAUGGGUAAAAAUACUUCUAUUACAGAACGGAAGACAUCAAUAUCUGCUAUUGAAGAAUUUUUGAGAAGUCAAGGCAGGUCCACUGCAACCCAUUUAACUUUUCUAACUGAAGGAUUAGAAACUCCUGUGUUCAGGUCAUACUUCGAGAGUUGGCCACAAGUGGAACCCAAGUUAUAUGAAGAAGGUCGAGGAAAAGUAGCAGCAAUGUUUAAGCGACAAGGUUAUGAUGUGAAGGAGCUUCCUAAUGUUGAAGAAUGUCCGCCUUAUAUAAAUUUACAUGGAAAACUAAAAGUUUGGCGGGUGAAUGGUGAUGAAUUGAUCCUUCUUUCUGCUCAAGAGCAGACAAAGCUUUUCAGUGGGGAUUGCUAUAUUGUUCAAUAUGCAUACGCUGGUGAUGAAAGGGAUGAAAAUAUAUUUUAUGCGUGGUUUGGUCUUGAAAGCGUAGAGGAAGACAGAAUUGAUGCCAUCUCCCAUAUAAAUGCUAUUGCAGACUCAGCCAAGGGUGAUCACGUUCUGGCUCGAGUUUUUCAGGACAAUGAGCCACUUCAACUAUUAUUGAUUUUCCAGACUCUCAUUGUUUUCAAGGGAGGUUUAAGUAAACGGUAUAAGAGGUUCAUAUCAGAAAAUGCUUAUGUGGAUGAAACUUAUGAUGAAGGAAAGAUAGCACUCUUUCGAGUUCAAGGGACAAGUCAAAAUAGCAUGCAAGCCAUCCAAGUUGAUCAAGUAUCAGGCUCUCUGAAUUCCUCCUAUUGUUACAUCUUGCAAACUAGAACGUGUCUGUUUACUUGGAUGGGGAAUUUGUCAUCUACAGUUGACCAUGAGCUUGUUGAUAGAAUGCUGGGAUUGAUAAAUCCAACAUUGCAACCUAUGUCAGUGCGGGAGGGGAGUGAACCUGAUAUAUUUUGGGAGGCGCUUGGUGGAAAAACAGAGUAUCCAAAGGAAAAGGAGUUAAAACAACAUAUUGAAGAUCCACAUUUAUUCACACUUAUGGUUACAAAUGAUGAUUUCAAGUUUAAAGAGAUAUACAGCUUUACUCAGGAUGAUUUAACUACUGAAGAUGUCUUGAUACUCAAUUGUUCUGAAGAAGUAUAUUUUUGGAUUGGAUGCCAUUCAAAUGUUAAAUCAAACCAACAAGCCCUUACUCUUGGCCAGAGAUUCAUUGAGACAGUCCAUCUGGUCGAAGGACUACCUUUAAAGGCUCCUGUUUAUGUUGUUACAGAAGGGCAGGAACCUGCAUUUUUCACCCGCUUCUUUGAAUGGGAUUCUUCAAAGGCAAAUAUGCAUGGAAACUCAUUUGAAAGGAAGCUUGCCAUUCUGAAAGGAAACAAGCAAAAUCUGGAAGUUCCUAUACGAAGCUCAAGGAAAAUAUCAUCUAGGGAGGCUACUCCAGAUGGUUUAAAAAACAGUGGUUCAGCCAACCGCCACAUUUCAAGCCCAACUCCAAUUGCUAGGAAGCUCUUUUUUUCUUCUCCUUCUGACGGAAGUGCUGGAAAUGAAGAGACAAGCUCUCUCAACAAUGUGAAUUCAGCUGAGGAUGAUGAUAGUACCUGGAGUGUAAACUCAAUAAUCUAUCCGUAUUUGCGAUUAAAAGUGGAUUCAAGUGAUCCGGCGACAGACAUAGAUGUGAGGAAAAGAGAGGCUUACUUGAGUGCGGAAGAGUUCGAAGAGAAGUUUGGAAUGGGACGGAAGGGUUUCUAUAAGCUCCCGAAAUGGCGGCAGAACAAGCUCAAGUUGUCCUUGAAUCUGUUUUAAGCAGCUCCAUGAUAAUGUAUGCCAAGGACCACAGAAGAGAAGGGUGUUGUUAAGUAACAUUACCAGGAUAUUUUGUGUUCAAUACAGAAUAGCAGUAGCAUUGUUUGCAUAAGCCUUCUCCACGACAACAUUUUGUUGGACUUUUUCUCAAUCCCCACCAUUUUUAAAUGAUAAAUUUUGGUUGACGGAUCUUCCAAUGGAUUUAAUUGGCAGGCAGACACAUAAAUUAAUUAUUGAUUUGAAUUUUGUAA